UUGACCAUUUUAAUUGUUACAGUUCCAACAUUUAGUUUCUCAAUUUUUAGAUAUACACAUGACAGAGAAUUAUCCUACUAUCAAUGGGUUCCUUUCUUCUUAUUACUUCAAGCAGCGCUUUUUCGUGCACCAAGUUUUUUAUGGAAAUCUUAUUCUAAUCACUCAGGUAUACGAAUGCAUGAAAUCGUGGAAAAAGCUAGAGAUUCCGCUAACUUAGAAGAAGAGUUGGUCAUUCACAGGACAGUAACCUGCUUGAACUACCAAUAUUCCUCGGGAUUUGUCUCAGCUGUUUAUCUUGUCACUAAAGCUCUUUACCUUAUCAAUGUGGUACUGCAGUUAUGGCUGAUGAAUAGUUUUCUCGGUACCAACAAGCACCAGUGGUAUGGACUUGGUGUUAUAAAGGACAUUAUAAAUGGCGUUGAGUGGGAGACAAGUGGCUAUUUCCCGCGCUCUGCUAUUUGUGAUUUCGAGGUUCGACAAGUAGCCAACAUUCAAAAGUACUCAGUACAAUGUGUUCUUGUCAUAAACAUAUUCAACGAGAAGAUCUUUGUGAUUUUAUGGUUCUGGUACCUAAUACUAUUUCUUUCCGCUGCUAUGACAUUUGUCACGUGGUUCUUUCUCCUAAUAUGUCCUUGCUUCUCCAGAUGGUUCGUCGAACAUCAUCUUGAGCUCGGCAGCCUUGACUUAUACGAGCCGCAGUCUCAAGCUAACGUGAAAAAAUUCGUAUACGAGUAUCUCCAUCGUGACGGAGUUUUCGUGCUACGAAUGGUUUCUUCUCAUGCGGGCGUAAUUUUCGGUACAGACCUCAUCGUAGAACUUUGGAGAACGUUCUACGGGCUUGAGAAGAAGGAAAUUACUGCUACUUUUUGGAAAAAAAAUGGAAAAGACGAUUUAACACCUAAAACAACCGCAUCCAAGUUCUUACCCUGUUUGCUUGUCUUUACUUAG